GCCUGCAGGGUGAGACAGGAAAGAGUGUGUCAGAACUGAGACAGGAUGCAGGAGUAGUUACUUCUCUUCUUUUCUUGCAGGAAACAUGGUUCCAAAGCUGUGCAAUUCUCAACUUUGUCUGCUUCUAUUGGGGAUGCUGGGAAUACUUAUCUCAGUCCAUGCUCAACCGGGUAAUUUAACGUGGGCUCAAUGGUUUAACAUCCAGCACAUAAACAUGACCUACUCCCGAUGUAACAAUGCAAUGCUGGUAGUGAACAACUACAAAGGAAGAUGCAAAGACAAGAAUACUUUUCUUCAUACAACUUUUGCUGCUGUUGUUAAUGUUUGUGGUGCUUCAAAUACAACCUGCUUUAACAAAAAAACAAAUUGUCACAAUAGCUCAGUUCAGGUGCCCUUAAUCUACUGUAACCUCACUGGACCUCCAUCACCUGUUGUUGCAAACUGCAGAUAUACACAGACAACAGCACAGAUGUUCUAUAGAGUUGCUUGUGAGAAUAGAUCACCCCGGGACAAUGCCACAUAUCCUGUGGUUCCGGUUCACUUGGACUUGAUCUUCUAA